AUGAGUAUUGCUAGGAGGCAUUCCGAAACUUCAUCUCCCCUGUUGUCGCGUCGCCUACGUUCCCUAGGCAAAGAAACCGGUAUCGGAACAUUACAACCUCAACCUUGUUCCACAGCAAAUACUACUCCCAACCUCCAAAUCCAGCUGGAAAAACACGCUCGUCUUGCUCAAUUCCACCCCGUGCAGAACCUGUCUCCACGCAUCCCGAACAGGAACGCCCGAUUCAACAUUGCUGACCAAAUCGAGCAAUAUCUCCACGAAGACGGCCAUCGUGCCUGGGGAUUCGUCCUCUACCGGUGUACUUACGAAAGCAACGCACUCUGGGAGGAAUUUAUGCGUCGUCUACUCGCUAACACUAAGAAGACACUAGAAGGAGAGGGGGGCCUUGAUUUACUUGAUAAUCUAGCUGUGACCGUGUUUGAGGAUUCGAGUUUUAACGGGGCCGCUACGGCGGUGGUUAGGGAGCAUUUCAAGCGGUGGGCGGCGACUGCAGCGCAGCAGGAACAAGGCACCGGCCCGGCAAUGUCGGAACGAUACUUAUACUGUAUUCAGGUUACGCAGGACGUGUUAGACUCGGUUCUCGCUGAUGAGGAAGGGUUUGUGCGCCUCAUUAAGGGGUAUUGGAAGGAGUAUGAUCCGUACGAGGGGGGGGGGGGAGGUUGGAGGAGGAACAGGAGGCAAUCGAGGGGUGCACCUUGGAAGAUGUAG